AUGGUGCCACUUUUGAAGGUUUGUGCUCCACAGCUUCAAUGCCCAUUAGUAUUGGGACAGAUGGCACAGUUACUUGGCGUUGAAGGGCCUUCAUACGAAAUGGAAGACUUGAUAAAAGAACUUUGCAAAAACGAGUCGGAGCGACUCAACUAUACACAAAUAGCCGGAGAAAAACUGCAGAAUUUUGAGUCCAUAUAUUUUGAGCACGAAUCAGGGCUUGCUGUGCCACAGUGGUUCGAUGACGAUGCAAGGAAAGAGGCUGACCAUUUGCUGGAUUUGACUAUCCAGUUUAUGGCUGGUGUAGGCAAGUACCACAAUCCAACUUGGAUUCAAACCCGAUCAGGUAAAAUGCUAUCGCAGUUGAUGAAGAACAUGGAAGAAACGCUUGAUGGAAACUCAACAAAAAAAUUUAUCGCUUACUCAACGGUAAGUGUUUAUGAGCUCCUUCAAGUAAUUCAUGUGUUUGUUUAGCA